AUGGCUGAUACUUUCCCUGCUGCUACUGCUCCUGUCGUAGCCUCACCGACUAAGGCACCAAAAAAAGCCAUAGCUUCCAAAGGAGACGACAAGAAACCGUCGACUCACCCUCCGGUGAACGACAUGAUUUUGGCAGCUAUCAAGACCCUGAACGAACGUAACGGAUCUUCACUGCAGGCCAUCAAGAAUCACCUCCAUAUUGCCGCCAACAUUCUUUGCGACGUUGCAAAGUUGGCUCCGUUUGUCAAGAAGGCUCUGAAAUCCGGUGUCGAGAAGGGAAAGCUGAUCCAGACCAAGGGAACUGGCGCUCAGGGUUCAUUUAAUGUUAAGGCUGACGCUAAGAAACCAGCUGGCGAAAAGAAGGAGACCAAGGCUAAGAAACCAGCUGACAAGAAAAAGGUUGCCAAGAAACCAAAAGCCAGUGCUGUUAAGAAAACUGAUGAAAACAAAGCUAAGGCAACUUUGGUCAAACCUGCCAAGAAGGCUGCCGGAGUAAAGAAAGCUGCUGCUUCCAAGCAGAAAGCAACCAAACCAUCAAAGACCGCAGCUAAGGAACCGAAGACCCCUAAAUCAAAGAAAGCCGCUCCAGUCAAGAAGCCCGCGAAUCGAAUUAGGUAA